AUGGCCUACAGGAGGAGAAGGAACACUGUUGGAGUUGAUGACAUAGCCCAGGCGAUUCAUCGCAUGGCGGACGCGAUGCAGCCCAUAGCUGCACCACCCAGAGCCAUAGUGGCACCCACUAGACCAGUAUCUAUGGAGGACUUCAUGAAACAUCGGCCAGUUAAGUUCUCCAGCAAGGCCACUCCUGACGAGGCAGAUGCUUGGAUUCGGGAGUGUGAGAAGAUUUGUCGAGUGCUGGAAUGCACGGAUGAGCAGAAGCUGUCGUUUGUCACAUUUCUCCUGGUGGCAGACGUGGAGUACUGGUGGCAGGGGAUGCAACAGUUGAUGCAGACCCGUGAGGAGCAAGUAACAUGGGCUACCUUCAGGAUGAGGUUCUUGGAGAAGUACUUCCCCAAUAGUGCGAGGCACGAGCGAGAGGCAGAGUUCCUUACCCUUCAGCAGGAAACGAUGACCGUGCAGGCAUACAUUGAGCGGUUCAAGUACUUGGCACGUUUCUACUCACCUGCGAUUAUAGAGGAGUGGAGGUGCAGGAAGUUCGAGGGCAGACUAAAGCAUGAGUUGCGUCGCUUCAUUGUGCCGCUCCAGAUUAGAGAGUUUCCAGUUUUGGUCGAGCAGGCCAAAACUGUGGAGCAGUUGGGGACAGGGUCUAGCAGGGGAGGGAGACAGCAGAAGACUGCUCCAGAUGUCAGAUCACAGAAGAAACCAUAUAGCAGGCCACCAACUACCUCCAAGAGGCUACAAUGCUAUAACUGUGGCGGGGAGCACUUGAGGAGAGAUUGUACUAGACCUGCCAGCAGUACAGGUGGAGGCAGUAGCACUGGUAAGUGCUACGUGUGUGAACAGACAGAACACUUUGCACGUCAGUGUCCUAACAGAAAACCAGUUGGAGGUGCGCCAACCAAGAAACCUGUGGGAGAUCGGCCCAGAGCAUCAGGGCGUGUGUUCGCCUUGACGACUACAGAGGCAACCCAAUCAGGUAAGUUAUUGCAGUUCUUGUGUUUGUUGUGUGACCACGAAGUUGUGGUGUAA